AAGUACGAGGAGUGAAACAACAAUAUGAAGUUGGUGAAUGUCUUUCCAUGCACUUCAAUCUCAGCUAUGCUCCGUGGCGCGGCAGAGCCCAUCUCUGGCGAAGAAGGUUCACGCACACAUCAUAAAAGCGGGUCUCACCCACCACGAACCCAUCCCCAACACUCUCUUAGACGCAUACGGCAAAUGCGGUCUCAUCGAACACGCACUCCAACUGUUCGACGCAUUGCCCCACCGAGACCCCGUCGCAUGGGCCUCCCUCCUCACCGCCUGCAACCUCUCCAACCGCCCCCACCACGCCCUCUCCGCCUCACGCUCCCUUCUCGCCGCCGGCCACCUUCCCGACCACUUCGUCUUCUCCUCCCUCGUCAAGGCUUGCGCCAACUUGGGUGCCCUUCACGUGAAACAAGGGAAACAGGUGCAUGCUCGCUUCUUCCUCUCACCCUUCUCCGAUGACGACGUUGUCAAGUCAUCGUUGGUUGACAUGUAUUCGAAAUUCGGGUUGCCCGAUUAUGGGCGUGCCGUCUUCGACUCCAUUUCUUCCUUGAAUUCGAUUUCUUGGACUGCCAUGAUAUCUGGGUAUGCACGGAGUGGGCGAAAGUGUGAGGCUUUUCAGCUGUUUCGUCAAACGCCGUACAAGAAUUUGUUUGCUUGGACUGCUUUGGUUUCUGGGUUGGUGCAAAGUGGGAAUGGAGUUGAGGCCCUCCACUUGUUUGUUGAAAUGCGGCACGAAGGGGUUAGUGUGACAGACCCGUUGGUUCUUUCCAGUGUGGUUGGUGCUUGUGCUAAUUUAGCUCUUUGGGAGCUAGGGAAACAGAUGCACGGUGUGGUUAUAACCCUUGGGUACGAGUCUUGCUUGUUCAUAAGCAAUGCGCUUAUUGAUAUGUAUGCCAAAUGUAGUGACCUUGUUGCUGCAAAGUAUAUUUUCUGUGGAAUGUGCAGAAAGGAUGUGGUUUCUUGGACUUCGAUAAUUGUUGGCACUGCCCAGCAUGGGCAGGCUGAGGAGGCAUUGACUUUGUAUGAUGGCAUGGUUUUGGCUGGGGUUAAGCCAAAUGAGGUGACCUUUGUUGGGUUGAUGCAUGCUUGUAGUCACGCUGGCCUUGUUAGUAAGGGCAGGGCUUUGUUCAGGUCUAUGUUUGAAGAUUAUGGAAUUAAGCCCUCUCUGCAGCACUAUACUUGUUUGCUUGAUCUUUUUAGUCGAUCAGGGCACCUUGAUGAGGCUGAGAAUCUCAUUAGGACAAUGCCAUUCAACCCUGAUGAACCUACUUGGGCUGCUUUGCUCAGUGCUUGUAAGCGCCAUGGUGACACGCAGAUGGCAGUUAGAAUCGCUGAUCAUUUGUUGAAUUUAAAACCUGAAGAUCCUUCUUCUUUUAUAUUGUUAUCUAACAUAUAUGCUGGAGCUGGUAUGUGGGAGAAUGUUUCGAAAGUGAGAAAGUUGAUGGCGGUCAUGGAAGUUAAAAAGGAACCAGGGUAUAGCUGCAUUGACUUGGGGAAGGAAGGCCAUGUGUUUUAUGCUGGAGAGACUUCCCACCCAAUGAAGGAUGAGAUUAUAGGUUUAAUGAGGGAGUUAGAUGCUGAGAUGAGGAAAAGGGGUUAUGCUCCUGAUACUAGCUCGGUUUUACAUGACAUGGAUCAACAAGAGAAGGAAAGACAACUUUUCUGGCAUAGUGAGAGGUUGGCUGUGGCUUAUGGGCUUCUUAAGGCGGUUCCAGGGACUAUUAUACGUAUAGUGAAAAAUCUUCGUGUUUGUGGAGAUUGUCAUACUGUUCUGAAACUCAUCAGCACUAUAACAAAUAGGGAAAUUUAUGUCCGAGAUGCCAAAAGAUAUCACCACUUUAAGGAUGGGAAUUGUUCGUGUAAUGACUUCUGGUGACUUGAAUAUUGUGAUUGGAAUUUCCACAAUUUUGAUGUCAAACUGAGGUCUUCGCUAUGACUGUUCUGAUGCUUGUUGCCUAUGCUUUUUACACCUUCAGCAAUGAUCUUUCCAUACAUUGGGCAUUUACAUCAUUACAUGUUCUAUGA